AUGGUAAUGGACACCGUCAGUAUUGCAAGCACGACAAGUAAGAGGAAGGCUUGCAAGAGCCUCCGUCGAGCCCAAUGGGACUGUGAGCAAAAAGCGGAAGAUGGUGGGAAGCGGAGGCAGGUCAAGACGGAGCUCUCGUGCCAGCUCAGUUAG